AGUGGAGAAAGAUCUUCGCAUCCACAGGUUGGGUUGGUCCCGGGUGCCUUUUUCAUCUCGCCGCGUUCAAGGCCGCGGCUCCUUCUUCAUCCAGCCACGGCUGGGGCACCUUCAGCUCCUUUUAUGGUGUAAGGAUGCCAGUGCACCCUCCCAUCACCAGCUUGGCACCCAUCGCCUCCCGGGCACAUCUCCCUGACCUAUCCUAAUUUGCAUUCCCUGAAGCUCCGAGAGGACAAAGAUAUUCUUAAAGGUUGCCUUCCUUUUCUACCCCGUAGAAAGACUACUCGGGAAAUAGCCCGCUGAAUAUACUGGAGAGUAGGGAGGCAUCUACCGGAGAUGCUUCUCUCUCCCGCCACCUCGACCCGGGAAAGAAGGGAGGAAACAGGCAAAGAAAGCGCUUGGGGUGGGAGAGAGAAAGGAGCUUCCCCAGCUUCUCUCCUGCGGUGCAUCCUCGGGUUACCGUGUCGACCACAAACGGAUGCUGAUUCGGCUGCUGGCUGUGCAAGCUACCUUCCUUACAACCCGAGGACAAGGUACAGGAAGCUGCCACCCUGUGGGUACGAGGACUGCCUGCUGAUAACAGUGGGCAGGAGGCAGGCAGGAGACCAAGUCAGCCUCCCGCCGAGGACGUUAACCCCGCCCACAGAAGCCCUAGGGACCGGCACACUCCAGCCCCUUCCUGCGAUCGACAGCAGGGGAGCCUAGAGUCUGGCUGCGGAGGUGGGGUGCUGACCCCUCCUUCUACCCUCCUUCCGGGCCAAUAGCUGGAUGAGUGGUGCGUUGUAGGUCCCCGCCCCCUCCAGGGAAACUUGGAGGAGGAGAAAACUUUGUGCAGAGGUCUGAAGGAGCUUGACUGCUGCACAUGCCUUGAGAGCGCAGGAAGAUGAACCGAUUCAGGUCUGAGCGCCAGCAAGAGAGGAUCCCGAGCGAUCCCCAAGACGUAGGAAGUUGUUGCCGCCCCAGCCGCCGGCCCCGAUAGCCAUCCGCCGGCCCCGAUAGCCAUCCUCCGCCGGGCCGCUGGGAGACCUGUGUGCACCUGUGGAACGGGCUCUUUGAGUGCUGGUUCCUACCUACAUGUCCCCAAGAGUGUCAAGAGACCUUCCUGUUCUAGCGAGUUAAGAAGGCGGCGUAGCCCCUAAUUGGGGGGAAAUCCUCAGAAAUUCCAACCCCGGACAAAAUUCACUCAGCCACCUCCUCCUGAGCAUCCUACUCUCUUCCUCCUUCUUGAUUCCCCUAAAUCAAAGGCAGGCUGAGCUGACCUUUGGUCUCGAAAGCAGACGGGCAGAAGAAGCUCGAACCCCGACCAGGGAAGAAAACCUUGGCAAAGCUCCACACUAAGGGGGCGCAAGACACUGUGAGGUUAGGGGAAGGUGUUUCAACAGCAAUUAAGGGUACGGAGGAGCCUCUGCUGACAUUACGGCUGCCACAGUCUUUCUAGGCUUUCACCCUAGGGCUCUGUCCCCUUUAGCCAUCGCCAUGUCCUCCCCUGCGAACGUCUCUGCCAUUGUGGCUCCCGGGAACCAGCCCGGUCAUCUCCCUCCUGUGACAAUUCCAGCGGUGAUGUUCAUCUUCGGCGUGGUGGGCAACCUGAUCGCUAUCGUGGUGCUGUGCAAAUCUCGAAAGGAACAAAAAGAGACAACCUUCUACACAUUGGUGUGCGGCCUGGCAGUCACCGACCUGCUGGGCACAUCGUUGGUCAGCCCGGUCACCAUCGCCACCUAUGUGAAGGGAGAGUGGCCCGGGGGCGAGGGGUUGUGCGAGUACAGUACCUUCAUCCUUCUCUUCUUCGGCCUCUCUGGCCUCAGCAUCAUUUGCGCCAUGAGCAUCGAACGCUACCUGGCCAUCAACCACGCCUACUUUUAUAGCCACUACGUGGACAAGAAGCUGGCCGGACUCACGCUCUUUGCAAUUUAUGUCUCCAACGUGCUCUUCUGCGCCCUGCCCAGCAUGGGACUUGGGAGCUCCACGCUUCAAUUCCCCAACACUUGGUGCUUCAUAGAUUGGCGCACCAACGUGACCACUCACGCCGCCUUCUCCUACAUGUAUGCUGGCUUUAGCUCCUUCCUCAUCCUCGUUACAGUCCUCUGUAACGUGCUGGUCUGCAUGGCCCUCAUCCGGAUGCACCGCCAGUUUGUGCGCCGUACCUCGCUGGGCACUGACAGCCACCACCAUGCCGCGGCUGCAGUGGUCUCCGCUGCCUCCUCCAGCCUGGCCUCUUGCUCCGCUGUCCCUCGGCUCAGUGAUUUUCGUAGACGCAGGAGCUUCCGCCGAAUUGCUGGGGCAGAGAUCCAGAUGGUCAUCUUACUCAUUGCAACGUCUUUGGUGGUGCUCAUCUGCUCCAUCCCUCUCGUGGUACGUGUCUUUGUGAACCAGCUGUACCAACCAGAAAUCGAGAAAGAUAUCAGCAAGAACCUUGACCUGCAGGCUAUCCGGAUCGCUUCAGUGAACCCUAUUCUAGACCCUUGGAUCUACAUCCUCCUCCGAAAGACGGUGCUCAGUAAAGCAAUAGAGAAAAUCAAAUGCCUUUUUUGUCGCAUUGGAGGGGGUCACAGAGAACGAUCAGGGGGCAACUUUAACUGCACAGAAGGCCACCGGACAUCUGCUAUGUCCAGCCACUCAAGGUCGUUCAUUUCCAGGGAGCUGAAGGAGGUCAGCAGCACCUCCCAGACUCUCCUUUACAUGCCAGAACUCAGUGAAUCCGGCAUUGGUGGUCGUAAUUUGUUGCCAGGAGCUGGACCUGGGCUGCCCCCAUCAGACACCACCUCACUAAGGACGAUGCGGAGCUCUGAGACUUCAGACUCCUCCCAGGGGCAGGACUCGGAGAGUGUGAUAUUGGUGGAUGAAGUUGGUAGAAACUGUAGGGUAGCAGGACCCGCACAUAAGGGAGGCUCCCUGCAAGUCACUUUCCCUAAUGAAAUAUUAAACUUUUCAGAAAAAUGUAUAUAGUGGGCAUAGAAUGAAUACCCUGCUCUUUUCCAGGACCUUGUAAGUGAGGUCCAGCGUACUGGCCAUAUCCAAGAGGGAUUUGGUCCAGCUCUGAAGGGCUGUUUUUGUCUUGCCACCCACUCCAGAGCAAAGCACCCACUCCUGACUCUUGAUCAGGUCUGUCCCUCGGACGCCAGACACUCAGUGCCAUGGCUGUGGUGUGUCUGUGGCCUAGGAUCGCCCCGAGGACUCGGUGUCUGGAAGAAGCCACGCAUUGCCACACUCAAGAUGGUAGAUGUUGUUAUUCGUUUGGCAUCAGGAAGUUAAUAUCUGGCACCGAGCAAUGGGUCAGAUCCUAAGAAGGCUCUGUUCAGAUAAACUACAAGGACGGUUUGGUAGACAAUUUCAGUGUCUCUCUAAAGCAUGAAAAUGUGAAUUUUUAUUGCUGUAUAUAUCAUGAUUUAAAGUAUUUAAUGUAUUUUCUUCUCCAUGAGAAGGUUUUAUUAUUAAUACAAGGUAUGAUGGAAGAAUUGCAUACACUUUCCUCCCAAUAUUACCUGCUGAUGUUAGAGAUGCUACAGGUGUAUGAUUUAUUUUUCUCAAGGCACGUUCAGGCCAAGCUGUGAUUGGUUGAUUGAUGGAACCAGUAGAUCUGAAAUUUUAAUGUUGAUGAUGGAACCAGUAGAUCUGAAAUUUUAAUGAGAGCUUUUAGUACUAUCAGAUGGGUAAAGGAAAAAAGUAGUGAUUGGGCUAUAAUUUUCUAAUUAUAAGUUCUAAAAGUUCUUUCCAAAGUAUGUACUACACAUAUUAAAAGACAGAGAGAAAGGCAUGUUCAUCCUUCAAAGAAAACAUUCUUUUAGAAGAAACAAAUAUGCUGGCAAAUAUUUUCCCUUUAAGUCCCCACUGACAUACUGAUUUUAGUAAAAUGUGCUAUUAAUCUGUACAUCUUUAAAUGAAUAACUCCCCAACUGAAGUGUAUAAUGUUAAAAAAAAUCAGGUCUCUUGUUUUUAUUUUUCCAUCAAAAUAAUAUGUAUAUAUUUUCACCUAGUUGCAGAAAAAUAAUCUACAACAUCCAUUAAGUUCUGAGUGGAAAAUGAGUCACAUCAAUUAAGAAAAUUCCUAUUUGCCGUAUGUGGAAGUAUUGGAAGAUUUGGUUUUCCACAGGGCAGACAUGAAAGUGUACUUGUAUAAGGAUUGCAGAAUGAGGUUCUUUCAGGAUCCACUUAUAACAGUUUAUUAUAUCACACAUUAAUCCUGUACAGAAAUUUGGAGGAACCUUUUUUCAAAGAAAUAUUAAGCAUGUUCUGUUGCCUAAAGUGUUUUUGUGAAUUGCUUUAUUGUAAUUAAAUUCUGAGCCUGGUAUUGGUACUGUUUGAGAAGUUGUUGUGCCUAGUGAAAUUAUUUUGACGAUCACAAUAAAAAAGAAUAUUCAGUCAAA